AGGCUCUCUCUCCGUCCUCUGUUACGCCGUCUUCGCUUCUCUCUCCCUCCCACAACAUCGUUCCCCUCCAUGCUCGUCCCCAUACCCAACAAAUUCGACUCUACUCAAGGCUCAACAAGCCAGAAACGGACGCUAGAUCAGGACAUCGACGACGCCGACAUGGUCACGGACGAACAGCCCCUUUCCAAGUAUCGCCGGAUCGACUACGGUUCUCAGACGUCCCCGCUUCCCAUUUCGGAUGAAAGCUCGGGCUCAUACUUGUCUACGAUGACGAGGGCUACUCUCGCCAACCUUCCAAACGACAUCUUACUACUCAUCUUCGCCAACGUCGACGUCAAUGACAUUCUCGCACUCCGCAUGACGAACAAGCGCUUCGAGGCCGUCUCGAAAGAGAAAUGGGUGUGGCUCGACGCACACCGGCGCCACGUCGUCGAACAAGGCAUCCCCGGCCUCACCUCCUCCGACCUCAACUCCCUCUCGCCCGAACAGCUCGAAAUCCGCGUGCUCCGAAUAGCCCGCUUCCACCAGAACUGGACCUCCUCUCGCCCGCAACACCGUCGUUCCCUCGAAUUCGACAUCAAUUGCCAUCACAAACCCCUUCACCCCACCACCUCCUCCUCUGCCCCCGACAACGCUAAUGGCAAUAACCUACCUCAACGGUUCGAUAGCCUCGAUAUGGAUCAAGUCACCCAGGUCUUCUUCCCCCCAGGAUGUAACGGCGAACUCAUCAUCACCGUCAUCGCGCCGCAACCUCCCGCGAACCGCAAUCCCUACUUAAACCCGAACAAUCCAUUCCGCCACCGCAUCAUAUGUUGGGAGGUCCCGCUGGCGUCGACGGAGGUGUUCAUGUUCGCGGAGAGGACGUUGCCUGAUAAUUGGUUGAUCGAGGGCGUCACGAUCAAUGACGAUGCGGAGAGCGACGCGACGUUGGCGGUCGUGUUCUCCCAUGGAGAUCCUAAUACACGCAUGAUCGAGGCAUGGAAGCUCGACAAGUUCCACGGCCGAUUCGACGUCCUCCGUAGCGAACGCAGCCAACUCAGCCGUCUGCGCCCCCUCGUCCGUCUCUCGGGCGAAUGGGUCAUCCUCGGCGAGCCCGUCGCGAUGUGGAGUUGGAGGGUGCCCGGGAGGUAUUUUAUCUUGUCGGCGCAGAAUCCGAGUUUGGUGCCCAACGACAUCCUAACCGCGAAGAUAAUCCGCCAACACAUCCUCAUAAUCCGUCAAUCCCACUUCCAACUCCUCCCCAUCCCGCAAUUCGAUGCUCACGGACGUCAGAUCCGUGUGCCUGGGGCGGUAGGAGCGUACCUCCAUCUGAACGAACCGGCGAAGGAGGCGGUGGUUGUUGUUCAUCGGAGUGCGGAGGGGUCGAAGUACCACCGUGCUCAGGAGGGGUCGAAAUACCACGCUCAGGAGGAGGAGUCGGGGUCGAGGAUGGGAGGGAAGGGGUGGGGAGGAGGGGGAGGGGGAGGGGGAGUGAAGGACCAGGAUGAGGGCGAGGAAGAGAGGGAUCCGUGGUUGUUCGAGCCCGUUACGGUUCUGUUACGGAUGGCGAACAGCGACACGAUGCAGAAAUUCGAUAUUUAUCCGCGUCGGGCGGGGCCUGAGGACUAUCCACCCUCGUCUUCUUCUUCCUCCAAUCCUUUCACUCCCUCCUCUGCUGGUGGUGGCGGUAUGGGGGAUGGAACGCCGCAAGGACAAGGACAAGGGCAAGGGAUGAAACCGGCUGCACAACUGCCGUGUCAUUUCGUGGGGCAGCCGACGAGGAUGAUUGGUGUUACGCCUAGUUGUUCGAAUUUUGUUGUGACGCCGAAUGGGAAGGGGUUUUGGUUCGAGACGAGGAAUGUGACGGCGUGUUGUGGUUCUCCUUCUGCCUCCUCCUCAUCCACCUCAUCCACCUCUUCCACCUCCUGUGCAUCUGCUCCGACCUCGAGCAACAACCCCCACGUCACCGCUUCGACUUCCUUCAACUCAAACUCAUGUGCACACGCGAACACAGGCGGAUGCGAAAGACAUAGGACGGAGACGUACCCCGCGAGAUGUCUUGUCGGGUUCGAGACGUGGUCGAGUUAUGUGAGGCCGGAUGCUUUGAGGGAUGUUCUCUGCGGAGGUCACGGACAUGGACGGGGCGGAGAGAAGAGAGGCAAGAACAAAGAGGAUUUGGAUUCGGAUUCGGGGUGUGAGGUCGACGACGUACCUUGUUCUUCGUCUUGCUCUUCAUUCCCUUUCAACCCCAACACCUCCACCUCCAACACCUCCACUAACUCCGCCUCCACCACCGCCGCCUCCUCUUCUGCUAACACAUCCUUCGACCGCAGCCCCUCCUCACUCGACUCCACCCCGGGCCACUGGGAAAACGAGCUCGUGCUCCGACGGUCCAAUCCUGUCUUCACGAUGCGGGUGGGGAUGGGAGAGGUGGGGAGUAAGAAGUAUAGGUUUGGGUGUGCGGAUUUGGAGGAUGAGGUGGGGAGGGUGGUCCUUGCGGGACGGGGGGGUAGGGUUUGGGUUUUGGAUUAUGUGUAGAGAGGGGUGGGGUGGGGAUGAGGUUUGGAUUUGGAUUUGGGUGUGGUUUUGGGUUUGGGUUUGGGUAUCAUUUGGAUCUGGAAUUGGAUGGGUGGGUGGGUCGUGCGUGGCUGGAUGUGGGUAUGGGUGGUGGGAUGGGAGGAAGGAGCGAGGCGGGCGAUGGAGUAGUGGUGGGACGGGGACGAAGAGGAAAGGAGCUGGAUGGAUGGACGGGUGGGUUGAUGGAUGGACGUCGAGAGUGGGGAGGUGGGGGGAUGUGUGCAUGCGUAGGCGCGGUCGGUCAGACACAGUCGUGGCGACUUUGCAAGGCCCAGUCAGGUUGCCUCCAUCCCGCGAUGGUGCGACGACAGGCGACAGACGACGUGCGACGGGAAUAGGAGCAAAGUCCUGGACCAUUGUCCUCCAACACGAAAAUCGUACUUUGCGCUCGCCCACACACACACACACACACACACCGAUCAUUCGUCAACUGCCGCCUCUUUGUUCGAAGGCUUCCAUGCAGGCGCUCGCUCGGGAUCAAUCCUCCUUCGACCGGUUAAGUACAUGCAUAUGGGAUUUGAUUCGCCGUAUCCGAGAUUCGAGAUUUUGCACGCAGCACGAGGUAGGGACGGAUUUAGAUUUAGAUUGGCGAGGCGCAUUGUUCGCUUUGUUUGGGAAUUUUUUGGUGCUGGUUCGUUGUUGGCGGGUUGAGUUGUUUCUUGAUGAGGCUUCAUAUAUGCGCUUUCUUUUGAAGCUUUUGAAUCGUUAUACCUAUGCAAAUACCUUCUUCAUCUAUGUUUUAUGCAUUUCAUUUCUUCUUCAUGUCUUUUCUUCUCCCGUCGUUUUCUUGGACAAUUUUUUUUUCGCGUGUACACCCCGCGGCGACUUUUGAUCAUUCGACCUUCUUCGCACGACGCUUUCAUGGACCAUCAGACUUACUCGCUCUCGUUCGCUGAUAUCGUUAUCUCUCUUUCUUGUUCUCUCUCUUGCUGCUUGCUUCCGGAUAUGGAUGUGGAUAUGGAUUUGUGUGUUUGAUUUCUUGCUCAUCGCUUGUUCUCGUUUGAUUUCGUCUCACGUCUUCUUUUUUCGUUUCGUUUCGUUGGUGCUGUCGUAGGGCAGUCGUCAUGCAUUAUGCAGCGUGCUGGGUACGAUUCACGGCUUGUCGUAGGGCGGCCGUUGUCGCGUUCGUUGUUGGGUAUACUCUGCGUUCGCGGUAUCAGGGUUUUGGGAAGGUGGAAGUUCAAAGAAGUCGGAGUAGUCUGUAUAAUCG